CGGCCGGAAAACAUGAACUUUCUCUGUAUUAUGUUUGUGUGUUCUCCACUAUUGGUCUCACGAUGUUCUCGAUGUCUUUUUUUUAUAUUACCGUCGGUGAAUCACACGAAGUUUUCUCUGAGGAUACUAUGAAAGACCAUUAGAUUAAUUCUUCGUAACCACGGUCUUAACAUUUGACCCGAGAGUGAGAUAUACUAUAUCACUAUACUUAUUUCAUCUGUAUUAUACGCCGGGUAUUUGCGAAAGAGGAGUAUUGCACCUGCAGCGAUAUAUAAAAAAUUCUGUCAAUAUUGAGACAUUUUGAAUAAGGCUACAGUGCAAUUAUAGUAUAAAGCAACGAAAAGUCGAUUUUCAAUUAAGAUUUUUUAGAACCCAGCCAAUAUGGAUUUCCAAAAUAGGCCAGGUGGUAAAACUGGGGGUGGAGGAGUGGCCUCCUGGUCAGAAAGUAAUCGCGACCGUAGAGAGCGCCUUCGACAACUUGCUCUGGAAACAAUUGAUUUAAACAAGGAUCCCUACUUUAUGAAAAAUCACUUGGGCUCAUAUGAAUGCAAGCUUUGCUUGACGCUGCACAACAACGAAGGAAGUUACUUGGCGCACACACAGGGUAAAAAGCAUCAGGCAAAUCUAGCUAGAAGAGCUGCGAAGGAAGCUAAAGAAGCCCCGCAAACUCUUGCUCCUGAAAAACCGAGAGUUGAACCAAAAAAAUUUGUCAAAAUUGGUCGGCCUGGUUAUAGGGUGACAAAACAGAGAGAUCCAGAAUCUGGUCAGCAAAGCUUACUUUUUCAAGUUGACUACCCAGAAGUUGCUGACAAUGUGAUACCACGACACAGAUUUAUGUCUGCAUAUGAACAACGAGUUGAACCCCCAGAUCGUAAAUGGCAAUACCUGCUGUUUGCUGCCGAACCGUACGAGACUAUCGCGUUCAAGGUUCCCAGCAGAGAAGUAGAGAAGGCUGAGGGCAAAUUUUGGACACAUUGGAAUAAGGACACGAAACAAUUCUUUCUUCAAUUUGCAUUCAAAAAUGAAAAACCAUCAAUUGGUAAAAUUCCACCUCCUCCCGUUCCACUUAUACGGCCAGGGAUGGGAGCACCUAUGAUGCCUGUUCCACCGCCACCAAAACCCCCAAUGUUCAAUCCGGUACCCCCGCCCCCUGCAUUAUUGGCUGGAAUGCAAAUUCCACCUCCACCACCUCAUCUGAAUUAAAUAAAAUUUAGUAGCUGUGUGGAUAAAGCUGAAUAUUUUUAUCCUUUCAAUGGUCAUUCAUCCAUCAAGUGUAAGUUGCACUAUCACAGAAUAGGACAGAGAUUGGUUCUGAAGUUACGACAAAAAUUUGAGGUUGGAAAUGGAAGUGGUGUAGUCUACAGAGCUCCUAUGUGUUCUAGUUUUCAUGAAUAUUUCUUGUCAUCUUCCUACAAAAUGAUGCUGCAGAUGCAAUAUUAAUAUCAUGGAGGAAGAAUGUAAUAAACCAAUCUUGAUUUUUUUUAACCAAGACAAAAUGUGAGAGUGACCCGAACUUUCCAAAGGAUUUCAGGUUGGAAUAUAUUGUUUCAAGGUGUACUCCAAUUGUAAACAUGUCACCAAUGCAUCGAUUUAUAAGAGGUAUUGCAAAUGGUACUGAUUCAAUUGUGCUUCAGCAAGUCAUUAUUAUACAAAAUAUUCAUGAAAUUCACGCGUUUGAAUGUAUCAAAAUUUUAUAUUACAACAACGGUACAAUGAAAUGCAGGUUUCAAUUACCUACCACGUAUCAUACGUGGCGGAAUGUGUACACCCGCAGCAAUUGAUUCUAUCAUUGACAACUUAAAUUCUUCAUCUAACGGCAUUGUGACAAAAUCAACCACCUUGAAAGUACAUAGAGUGAAUUAAGUUCACACCGGCGUCAUACAUCAGCAAAACUUGCUGUCACAUUCGGCAACGCUAGUGUAAUCCUGAUUACAAGCAUAGACUGUCUACCAUAUUUUAUUAUAGGUACAUCUCAUGAUAUCCGUAGUAUAGUAUAAUAUAAAAGCUUGAAUAAUUAAGUAUCGUUAUAACAUGACCGAUUAUUACUGCUUAUUCGUUAGUAUAAUUUUCUCCUUACAAGUUUUUCUCUCACACUAGGCAUCAUUGUUAUUACUAGUAUCAUAUAUUCUUAAUCACAGCUUAAAUUAUUAAAUCACCAAUGGAGUCAUAUAAUUUACGAGGAAGAGAAUUUGUUGAUUACGAAUGAAGUCAUUGCUUGUGCAAUUUUUUCACGACACUGCCUUUGCGUAAUUGUAAAUUUUGCAACAAAUGGUAUGGAAUGUCCAGAAUUACUUGACGUUUGUAACUUAUGUUGAAUUUACAUUAAGUAUGAUGCACAUAUAUAUAUAUAUAUAUAUCUGUAUACUCUCUAUGAUUGAUCUUAACGAUUUUGCAUAAGCUGACAGCUGUUUUCAUAUUUUUACUAGCCCCAUAACAAACUAAUACAGCGUUUUAUGAUAAUUUAUCUGUGGAGAAUUUUUCCAUCAUGUUACACUAAUACAAUCACCAAUUGGAAUGGAGUGUCAGUGCAUCAAGUCUGAUAUAUGAAGUGUACUAACAAUAAAUUUCAUAAUCCGUACAAACUAAUGAGAUGUGACUACAUAGAAUUAGAUAUACCUAUAAUGAUUGCGAACUUUCAAAAAUCGAACUCAAAUGAAGACUUAUAUACUAUUUGGAAUUUUCAACACUACCACUACAUUAUAUAAAAAUAACAAUCGACAUAAUAAAAAAAUAUUUUAGGUGCAAAAUAAAUGCUUGUUUCUUGAA